CACCUAUUUGCAACAACAGACAGCACCAUCUAUACCCCAACAACCCAAUUGACCACAUCAUGGCUCCCACAAAAGUCGCGCUCGCAGGUGGAACCGGAAACCUCGGCACCGCCAUUCUCAAAGCCCUCCUAGACGCCAACUUCUCUGUGACCGUGCUCUCGCGCACAUCCAACAAACCCAUCGACCAGCGCGCCAAGCUCGUCGAAGUCGACUACAGCUCUCAGUCCGCCCUCGAGUCCGCACUCACCGGACACUCCGCCGUCGUGGACGCGCUUGGCCGCGCCCCCCAAGACGUCCCCAUCCGACUCAUCGACGCGGCCGUCAACGCAGGCGUAACGCACUACCUCCCAUCUGAGUACGGCGUGGACACGCAGAACGAGCACGUGCGCAAGAUCCCCGUCUUCGCGGGGAAGGUCGCAGUCCAAUCACACCUGGAGAAAGUCACCUCCACCAACCCGUCCUUCAUCUACACGCUUCUCGCGACAGGGGCGUUUCUGGACUUCGGUCUCGAGAAGAACUUCAUCCUCAACUUUGCCGGACCGGUCGCGGACCUGUACGAUGGCGGAGAGAGGAAGUUCAGCACGACGACGCUCGCGGGGAUCGGGGGCGCGGUGGUGGGGAUUCUGCGGAACCCCGAUGCGACGAGGAAUAGGGCUGUGUAUGUGAGUGAGGCGGAUGUGUCGCAGGUGGAGCUGUUGAGGCUUUCAGGGAAGAAGGUGGAGACGAGGGUGGUGAGGACGGAGGAUUUGGAGAGGGAGGCGUACGAGGAGUUGAAGAAGCCGGAGCCGAGUCCGGCGGUGUUUGCGGUCAAUUUUAUCAAGACGGCGUUGUUUGGGGAGAGAUUUGGGAGUUUGUUUGGGCCGCCGAGGCUGUCGAAUGAGAUUGUUGGAGUGAAGUAUUUGAGUGAGGAGGAGUUGAGGGAGGUGGUGGUUAAGAGUACAAGUGCUUAGAGAUAGAGGACCGAGUUUAUAUGGCUCGGUUACGGUGCUUUUAGAUGGGCUUAUUAUACAGUUGCUGCGUACCUCAAGAAAUACAUCUAGGGCGCCUAAAAC